ACAACCUCCCCCUUGGCUCAGCUAGUUGACCAGCGCGCUUGCAACGAACUACUCCAAAAUGGCAAGUCCAGUGUUGGUGCUGGCUCUCGUUGCGGCGACGCUAUUGCCGGCCUCACAUUGCAGCGUCAGCGGCGUCGGUUUCCAGCUCAAACUCCGACACGUCGACGCACACGGCAGCUACACCAAGCUGGAGCUUGUCACCCGCGCCAUCCGCCGGAGCAGAGCCCGCGUGGCGGCGCUGCAGGCCGUCGCCGCCGCGGCGGCGACGGUGGCGCCCGUGGUGGACCCGAUCACCGCGGCGAGGAUACUGGUGGCGGCGAGCCAGGGGGAGUACCUGAUGGACCUCGCCAUCGGCACGCCGCCGCUGCGCUACACGGCCAUGGUGGACACCGGCAGCGACCUCAUCUGGACGCAGUGCGCGCCGUGCGUGCUCUGCGCCGACCAGCCCACGCCCUACUUCCGGCCGGCGAGGUCCGCCACGUACCGGCUCGUGCCGUGCCGGUCGCCGCUGUGCGCCGCGCUGCCGUACCCUGCAUGCUUCCAGAGAUCAGUGUGCGUGUACCAGUACUACUACGGCGACGAGGCGUCCACCGCCGGCGUCCUCGCCAGCGAGACCUUCACGUUCGGCGCGGCCAACUCGAGCAAGGUCAUGGUGUCCGACGUCGCGUUCGGCUGCGGCAACAUCAACUCGGGCCAGCUCGCCAACAGCUCCGGCAUGGUCGGCCUCGGCCGCGGGCCGCUGUCGCUGGUGAGCCAGCUCGGCCCGUCGAGGUUCUCCUACUGCCUCACGUCGUUCCUCUCGCCGGAGCCGAGCCGGCUCAACUUCGGCGUGUUCGCGACGCUCAACGGCACCAACGCAAGCUCCUCCGGCUCGCCGGUGCAGUCCACGCCGCUGGUCGUCAACGCGGCGCUGCCGUCCCUCUACUUCAUGUCCCUCAAGGGCAUCAGCCUCGGCCAGAAGCGGCUGCCCAUCGACCCGCUGGUGUUCGCCAUCAACGACGACGGCACGGGCGGCGUCUUCAUCGACUCCGGCACGUCGCUCACCUGGCUCCAGCAGGACGCGUACGACGCCGUGCGCCGCGAGCUGGUGUCCGUCCUCCGGCCGCUGCCGCCGACGAACGACACCGAGAUCGGCCUGGAGACGUGCUUCCCGUGGCCGCCGCCGCCGAGCGUGGCCGUGACGGUCCCGGACAUGGAGCUCCACUUCGACGGCGGCGCCAACAUGACCGUGCCGCCGGAGAACUACAUGCUGAUCGACGGCGCCACCGGGUUCCUGUGCCUGGCGAUGAUCCGCUCCGGCGACGCCACCAUCAUCGGCAACUACCAGCAGCAGAACAUGCACAUUUUGUACGACAUCGCGAAUAGCCUCUUGUCGUUCGUGCCGGCGCCGUGCAACAUCGUGUAGGAUCGAUUGAAUUUUUUUUUUCCGUUUCAUUUUGGGACUCAAUAAGUUCAGAGCUGGUCGGUGUUGCAGCCGCAGGUCGAUAGAUAGAGUAGUCACGCGACUGGCCUACUGCACUAUCGCAGUACCAUGUCUCCAUGUAUGAUUUGUGCAGUAUUUUAUUACCCCAAAUCCACGUACGUCGUGUACGCGUAUACACGGAGAAUUGAACGUCUAAGUCCACCGAUCGACUUAAUACUACGUGAAUGUGUUCUAGUAUAAUUUGAUAAUUUUGUAUUCUGGUGUAAC